AUGUCUGAGCUCUUUUCUCCUGAACAGGCUAGCAGCCAUCCCUACUUCAACCUGCCUGACUUCACCCAACCAUCACCGCCCUCCACUCCGCCCAGCCUCCCCUCAAACCAGCGCUGCUGGCCCUCUGAUGCCACCAAGGGCCUGCUAGUGGCACUGCUGGGUGGGGGUCUGCCUGCUGGCUUUGUGGGCCCCUUCUCCCGUAUGGCUUACCAGGCCUCUCACUUACCCUCGCUGGAGCUGCUCAUCUGCCGAUGCCUCUUCCACCUUCCCAUUGCCCUGAUACUUCAACUACGUGGUGACCCACUGCUGGGACCUCCCGAAGCCCGGGGCCGGGCCUUCCUCCACGCCCUACUCAACGUGCUCAGCAUUGGAUGUGCCUACAGUGCGGUGCAGGUGGUACCUGCUGGCAAUGCUGCCACCGUCCGCAAAGGUUCUUCCACGGUCUGCUCUGCUCUUCUUGCUCUCUGCCUGGAGAGUCAGGGGCUCAGCGGCUAUGACUGGUGUGGCCUACUGGGCAGUACUCUGGGAUUAAUCAUCAUUGUGGGACCUGGACUAGGGACGCUACAGGAGGGGACCACAGGCCUCUACACUGCCCUGGGUUAUGUGCUCGCUUUUCUGGGUGGCCUGGCACUGUCCCUAGGACUUCUGGUAUAUCGCUCGCUGAACUUUCCAUCUUGCCUGCCAACAGUGGCCUUUCUGUUUGGCUUGGUAGGACUGGCGGGCUCGGUGCCGGGCCUAUUUAUGUUGCAGACCCCCGUGUUGCCCUAUGACCCUCUGACUUGGAGCUGUGUCGGGGCGGUAGGGAUACUCGCUCUGGUCUCCUUUGUGUGCGUGAGCUAUGCGGUGACCAAGGCCCACCCUGCCCUGGUGUGUGCCGUCUUGCACUCAGAAGUGGUGGUGGCUCUGAUGCUGCAGUAUUAUGUGCUCUAUGAGACCGUGGCACCUUCUGACAUCAUGGGCGCGGGGGUUGUAUUGGGCAGCAUUGCCAUCAUCACGGCCCAGAACCUCAGCUGUGAGAGGGAAGGGCAGGUGGAGGAGUGAGAGACUAUCUGAGAGCCUGGGGG